GCCACAAGCGAAAACUGCUGGGCGCCCGGCAGUUGCCGAUGGAAGUCCCUGAGAUGUCGUUAGCCAUGAGCGGCUAUGUGGUCCAACGAGAGCUGGGACGAGGUGGUCAGGGCGUCAUGUACUUAUGCACCUAUGACGAAGUGCCUUACUGCCUGAAGUUCUUUAGCAAAGCAGAUGGUGAUGAGGAUACCUUGGAGGAUUUGCUCACCGAGUAUACCUUGAUGAAAGACUUCUGUCACAAGAACGUGGCCAAGACCUUUGAGGUCUUCCAGGAUUCCGAGUUCUUCUACCUGGUGAACGAGCCCUACUUCGGUGGGGACUUGACCCAGCUGGGGAAGCGCGCCCACGACCAGGGGAUCUCUAUGAGCGAGGAUUGGUGGAGGGGGAUCUUUUAUCAGUGCCUGGAGGGUUUGGAAUAUCUUCAUUCUCAAGCCGUGAUGCAUUGUGACAUCAAGGAAGAGAACAUCAUGCUCGCAGAAAGGGAUUGUGAGGAUCCUCGCGUGGUGCUGAUUGAUUUCGGCCUGGCUGAGGGCUUCUCUUCCACCUCCAGUGGAGCCAGCGGCACGGCCGGCUACAUUCCGCCGGAGACUUGGGAAACCGAAUGGUGGUAUCCCAAGGGUGACAUCUUCAGCAUGGGCAUCGUCUUCUUUCAGCUGAUGAUUGGCCAGGUGCCCAGUGGCGAUGUCAUCGGCGUGUUGCAGACCACGGGAGAGAACGAGGAGGACAAGGCUGCCGGGCUUGCACUCCAACUACCUUGGAAGCGCUUUCCAUCAGAGAUGCCUGAGCUUGGAUCCUUGGUGUCUGCCAUGACCCAGCGGAACAUGUCACUGCGGCCUUCGGCUGCGCAGGCCUUGAAGCACGACGCUUUUCUGGGUGAGGGGCAGUGCCGCGCGUGGCGGGUUCGCUGGUUUUGGGUGGCUUUCACCAAGCAAAACGCACACAAAAUCGCAGGCUCCAUUUCAUCACCCGGCGUUUCGGGUCGGAACUCUGAUCUCGGAACUUCGUCCACUCAUUGAGAAUCCGAGCGGAGAGGCAUAGCUCAGGCUUGGCAGGAGAGGCGUCAAUAGCUCUUUUGAAGAGAUUUUGGGGAAGAUACUGCUGGAGAUGUGAAGACCAUUUAAACGCUCCUUUCCAUCGUUGUUGCAAGGUUUCGUGGGUGCCCAAAGCUUCGUUUGCUUGAUGACACAAUCAUUAUUUUGCCUCUUCGGAGGGAGGUCUUGAGCCCAUCACUGACGAGAAUGGAGUGAGAUGGAAGUGA